UUCUUGAUCAACACUGCUACCAAACAAGUCCUUGACCAGCAGAGGACUUGCCCAGACUUUUACCUAAUUAUUUCGGACCCAUUAAUGUUAAAGAAUUAAUAUAUCUGAAAUAGAAAAGCAAGAAAAGAAAGCCAGCAGAAAGCUUAACAUGCUGGCAUAUUUUUGGGUUUGGUCUUUCUUUUUCUGACAUUUAAUGGAAUCUUGGGUUUCGAAGGUUUUGGGUUCAUCGGCCUAAAUUUUAUUUCGUCUUCAAUUGAGAUGUACCAAGUAACUGAAAUUGAUAGAAGUAUGGAUAUGUCUUGAAGUUUGAACAUUGCAGGUGGCGGUGGUGAACCCGUGUGUGUCUGUGAUUCUGUGCUUGUGCUGUGUCUGAACAGACGCAGCCUUAAUUAUGGAUGUCGGGUGCGAGAAAAGGCCCUGAGUUGCAUCGAAUAAAAGCGUAAAUCCUACACAUAAUUUAAAAUUAAAAAUAAACUUUUAUUUAAAACUUAGUGGACUCACCUAUUCCUUUUCAGCAGAGUGACGCCCACUCCAUAUACAAACAUUUUCAAUUAUAAGGUCGGACAAAAACAGAGACACCCCACGUAUAAAAACUCUCUAUCUCUUCUCUUCUCUUCUCUGUCCCUUUUGCAUAGUAUGCAAAAAGAAAAUCAGAGAAAAAGAGAGAGAAGCAGACUUUUCUAGAGAGACUUCAAUAAUCUUCUAUUACAUGAAAUGGCAAUUUCAGGGGCAGAAACGCAAUCAAAUUCAGCUACCAAGCCUGGCCCUCAAGUCGAAGUAGAGUCAAUCAAAUGCUACUCGUGCGGUUUCAGAGAAGAGUGCACUCCUGCUUAUAUUUCUCGCGUCCGUGAGCGCUACCAUGGGCGGUGGAUUUGUGGGCUUUGCAUUGAAGCUGUGAAAGAUGAGGUUCUGAGAUCAGAUAGGCUCAUAUCUACUGAAGAAGCCCUAAACAGGCACAUCAGUUUCUGUAACAAGUUUAGAUCGUGUACUCCCGACAACCAAACGGAGCAUCCUAUCGUUGUCAUGGGCAGGAUUCUUCGCAGGAGUUUGGAUUCUCCGCGAGCUAUUCGAUCUAAUUCUAGCAGUGUUUUGCCUGAAGUUGAUGUUGAAAAGAUUAAGUAUAUGUGGAAAUCAAGAAUGACAGAAUAAAGGAAAAUGAAAAUGGUAAAUUAGUAAGACUAUAGCUGGUUUCGAGUCUAUGUUCUCGAGGUCUGCUGAAUGACUUAAAUUGGAAAAUAUUAUACAAAAUAAGGAAAAGGUUGGCAAAGAAAGGAAGCAGAUGACAGAGUGAAGAUGCUCGGAAAAUUUCCUUACGGCAAGAAAGACAAUGGUUACGUUUGCAGAAGGUGGCCAGGCCAGGUACAGGAACCUCAGCACGUUUCUGCUGUACUAGGAGCUUGGCCUUAGCCACUUUGACGGUAAGUAGCCAAAGCAAAACAAUUUAUCAUUGCUAUGAACCUUCUAGCCACACGUCGCUGGAUUCAUCUAGAUAUAUAAAACGGUUAAAUAUAUAUUUUUAAAGUAAUUUUCAUGUAAUAUUAUUAUUU